AUGGAUCAAUCUUUAUUUGACGAUGAAUACUUCGAUUGGCAUGAUUUGAGUAGUCUGUUCAUAACACCGACUUCGACUGUAGAGGAAUAUGCUCAGUAUCCUACAAGAGGUAUUUCCAGAAUUCCAGAUCGAUCAAGAUAUGUUUUUGUAAAGCAAAAACCUGCACCAUUACGAAUAGGAUGGCGAGACGAAAUAAAAAAUGAUCAGUCUGGUGUCGAGUCCAAGCCAAAGGACGACGUGCAGGAGAAGCAGAUUUUGCCUGGAAAUCGACUUAUAUACUGCCCAAAAACAUGGCAAAUCUCUGAGAUUAAGUUUUAUCACGAUCUUCCAAAAAAUGCUAUUCAAAUAGCCUGGCCCACGGAUUCUUGCGCCAUCGUUCCAGUUUUAUAUUCGUUCACCCUAUUCCCUAAACUUCCUAUUGAACUUCGAUACAUGAUUUGGGACUGUGCUUUACGCUGCGAUCCCCGAGAUGUCAAACUUUAUGUCGACCGAAGAUAUCGCAGGCCUACCAGAAGUGACCCAAACCAUCUGGUAAGAUUAUCCUGUCAUAUACGACAGCAUGGUCCCAUUGCUUCAAAACUUCCGAUAGCUUUACUCUAUGCCUGUCAAGAAUCACACUUGCUUUUUUUGAGAAACUAUUCCAAUAUGAACAUGAGCGUUCCAGUCCAGAGAUACGAUCUCAAGUUACGGAUUGUAAGACCUCGUAGCAAGAAGACGGCGGAUUGUGAGAUUCGGGUUGACCGCAAAGGAUACAUAAACUUUCGUCAGGAUACAUUGAUGAUAGAAUACUUUCACGAGGUGACUGGUAUGCUUUGGAGUUGGAAUCAUACUACUUUGGAUCUGUCUUUGAUUCAGAGCAUUGCUGUGCAGCACACCUUCUCCAGUUUAAGGGCGGAACGAUAUUACGGAGGAAAAAGCAAUAUAUGGGAACUACUCGAAACUAGAUGCCCAUGUCUAAAGCGUCUUAGUUUAAUCGUCUAUCAGGAAUCAAUGGAGAAUUUUUACUGGGGUCCAAACAAACAACCAGUUGCACAUAUUUUACCAAUCAAUGCGGAAUUUUUUGAUGGAGUCGCAUAUGGUUGUCAACUUCUCCGUCAAGAUGAGUACGCCCGUACAUCAGGGCGAUAUGCUCUUGCUACUUUGAAGCUCAAUCAUCGAACUAUGGUGAUGGAUUUGGCUCUGGAGCUCCGAAAAGAAAUCCGUGAUGUCCAAAGAACGAAAUCAUUAUACUAUCGGGAAGUGGAGCGCAAUCCAAACUUUUGGAAAAAAGUCGACGUCAACCUGGCUUAUGUCACUUGGGUUAUAAGCAUUUUCGAUAUUGGUGAACAGGUGGAAAAGGUUAUAGUUGCACCUCCGAAAAACUUGCAAACUUCGAUGCCGGACUCAUAUUUCUGGGCUCAGAGACCAAUAGAAGUUGCUUAUAAUAGGCCGGAAAUGAGAUUCUCAUUUUUCCGUGUAUUUUGUCAUCCUGAUGGAAGCUUGCUAAACAGGUACGAAGGGGUGAAGGAAAUGUUUGAAGAGCAACGAGAUUGA